UGUCGGCUUCUCUCAGCUAGGGACAUGCGCAGCGACCCGCGGAACGACAGGUGCGCGUCGCGCCGACGACCGCGAAUCGCUUAGUUUCGGGUAAGCGCACGAUUCGCCUCUGCCGCUCUGUCCUCGCUUCGAGACGAGCCGACCCGCCAGUCGCUCGCGACUCUGUCUCUGCUCCGGUUGCUCGCUCCCGUUUAAUCUCGUCAUCAACGUCUCUCUCUUCUGGCCCACCUACGAAAAAAACCAUCGACAACCGGAGAGGAGAUAGUCCGUUGGUGCAACGAUCGCACGAUCGCGGAUCCUCUCGCCGUGGAGAGGAUCAUCCGCUGGAUCCUCAUCGGCUGUCGACGCCCUGCAACAGCGGAAGAUCCAUCAGUGCUUAUCGUCGAGCGCACGUGUUCUUCCCUUUGCUCUCUUCCUGUCAGUCUUCCUCUUUGUGGAAAAAGCUCCCUCGUCGACAGACAUAAUUUCCCUUUUCGGAGGUGGUGAACGUGGUUUAUCCUGCAGUUUUUUCUCCUCAUCAUUCGGCCGUUCGUCGCGCUUCGAGUUUCCGCUCCGAUCGUCAAUUUCGAUAAGAAACGCGAAUCUUUCUUCUUACGGUUCUCAUUGAAUCUCGGGCUGCCAGUAUAAAAGUAUAUCACAAUCGUGCUGAUGAAACAGUGAGUUCCCGCCGAUUUCGCUAAUUCGACGGCGAUUGUGGAUUACUGUGAUUAUCCUGGUGAACGCGCACGGCGCUCUUGAUGAAUGUGGUGCUCUAGGAAAGUUUAGACACGUCGGCAUCCCAGGUGGAUCCCCCUCUCGAUCAUGCACCGAGGACAGGAUCUCGUCCGCCUAAGUGUGGGAAUGCGAGCGGCCGCGGCGGUCGUCUUCCUGUUUCUCGGCGGAUUCGUCGUGCUACGCGAGGCCGAGGGCAGCGGCGAGCCGUGGUUGAGAAGCGUGAAGCACGCCGAGCUCGGGACGGAGAUUUUACUGCCCUGCGUCCUGAAAUCACCGCAGUGCGAGGGUCUGCACAGCAUCAAGUGGUACCACGGACCCACGAGGAUUUUCAUUUUCAGCGAGGACGCCGGGAUUAUACGCGGCAAUAACGACAUUGCUGCCAGGGCGGACAUAGAAUAUUCGUCGAAUUCAUCGAAAACGUAUAUGAAGAUACCUGAGGUUCAGCUGGAGGAUGAGGGUCUGUACAAGUGCGAGGCUACGUAUAUGGCGGUCAACCGCGAGUGCAACAACGUGCAGCACAUUAUUCUUAACGUCACAGUGCAACCAGCGUUUGUGCGUGUCAUCGACGAAAAUACGAAGAAUACUCUGAGCACCGGCGCCACUUUAGGACCUAUAAACGAGGGUACGCCAAUAUCUUUGUACUGCGAGAGCGGAGAAGGCAAGCCUGUACCAGUGGUCGAGUGGUUUAAGGAUGAUCAGCCACUCGAAGCAAUGAGCUCGUCGACUAUCACUGAUACCGGAAUUGGUACUAGCAGUAGUUUACUGGAGAUGCAAAUUACACGAGAAGAGUUAGGCGCAACGUUCACGUGUAAAGUCAACAGUACUGCACUCGUGGAGCCACUAACAGUUGAUAUUAAACCAGACGUACACGUACGUCCGUUAAAGAUGGACUUAAAUGGAGUUGUCGGUCAUGUCGUGCAAGGAACGAAGAUUUUAUUGCAGUGUACGGUACAGGCCGCACGACCCGCCGCCAAUGUGACGUGGAAGAACGGAACGCACUCUUUAAACGAGGACGAUGAGAGAUUCGACAUGUUUGAGACAAAAAUACAGGAAAAUGAGGAUGAUACAUUCGAUACGACAAGUUUUCUCGCGUUUACAGCAACGGUAUACGACAACGGCAAAACAUUCAAGUGCUACGCCGAGAAUUCGGUUACUCGCACCGAAGAUCUGAAGCCAAUGAAGGAAGCAACGACGAUCGAGGUGUUAUAUCCGCCGAUAAUUAAAAUAAAACCGAGCAACAUAACCGUUAACGAGACGGACGACUUUUUAAUAUUCUGCGACUACGAAGCAAAUCCGGCCACGCUAUUAAAGGUGACGUGGUUACGAGAUGACGACGAAUUAAACGUGCUAAACGAAGAACAUUACGACGGUGGAAUCACGGAACAAACAGCGCUCACGGUGAAAAACGCGACUCCCAGCGACAUGGGUUCUUACAAAUGCAUCCUGGAAAACAACGCCGGUCCGACCAUUUCCGAGGACGCCGUGCAGGUUUCGGUCUUCUAUAAGCCGGUGGUCGAAGUGAUAAUGGAUCCGGAAACACCUGUGAACGAGGCGGACCGUCAGAACGUUUCGCUGACGUGCGAGGUCGACGCCGGUAAUCCGGCGAUACUGACAGCCGUCCGUUGGUACUUGGACGGUGAUCUAUUGAAAGAACUUCCGGACUGCUCGAGGAAUAGCACCGCCACGGCGGCGAGCUCCGAGGAAUCGUUGGCAUUCUGUGACAUCGACCCCAGCAAGCUGCUGCUGGAAUCUGUCGGCCGCACCUUCCACGGCAACUACUCCUGCGAGGGGAAAAACGAGGCUGGAUGGGGACCGGUCUCUCCGAGCACGCCUGUCACAGUUUAUUAUAAGCCCGGCCCGGCAUCGAUAACGUACGAACCUCGGCAAGUGGUGAAGAAACAAGCAUUAUCCAUCACUUGCUUCGUUUUGGACCCCGGCCGGCCGAGGGUCUCGGGCUUCAGGUGGCAGCGCGGCUCGCACCGACUUCCAGACGAGAACGAAGCCACACUCUUCAUCGAGUCAGUUAAUUUGGAAACCGAGGCGAAUUUCACGUGUCUGGCGUACAACGAGGCCGGUGACGGAGAGCCAGCCACAACGUUUAUCGACGUAUCGGCGGCCCCGGCGUUCAUUAAGAAGCUCCCCUCGUACCGCGGCAACGUCUACAACUCGCGUAACGUGAGCAUCACGUGUUGGGUCGAAUGCGCCCCGAUCUGCAAUAUUUCCUGGCUGAGGGAUGACAUUCCCAUGGACUUCACGAAAACGAAUCGAUACUACGUGUCGAACGUUUAUCAUCCGCCUGACCCAAGGACCAACGACUUCGAGAGCAUCCAAUCGACCCUCGUAUGGAAUCUGACGGUCUGGCCGAACGGUCAGCUCGACCGUGCCGAGGAUAACGUCAAAUUCACCUGCAAGAGCAGCAGCAACGGGAUCGGCGCGGGCGUGGAGAGUAGUACUCACUUUCAUGUCGAGUUCCCUCCAGAGGAAAUCACAAUAUCGAGGAAGAUAAUCCAUGUGAUCGUGGACACGAUACCCGAAACCGUCGAGUGCAACGCGAAGGCGCGACCGACACCGAACUUUCGAUGGUUUCGCGAAGGACUAUCCACUGAUACCAUUAUGGAAGGCCACGUGUUUGACUGGAAAAUGCCAAUACCACGGCGUAGCAAUGGCACUUACUAUUGCGAGGCGUGGAAUCGUCAUGGCUCCUUGAAUAUCUCAAUGAUCAUGAAUGUGCAAUUUAAACCGGAAUGCCAUAUAGAGAAAGAACGAUUCGACGGCCAGGAUUAUGUCGUUUGCUCAGCCGUCGCCAAUCCGAAAGAGACGGAUUUCACUUGGUCAUUGAAGAACGAAAACGACACGCUGGAGCAGAUCGCAAUAAUGCGAAACGGAAAAAGUUACAUGCUCCUCGACACCUCAGUGACUAACUUCCGGACGUACGUGUGCGUGGCGAACAACACAAUCGGCCACUCCGUAGCGUGUGAACGCGACAUACCAGCCCACCAUGGAACUAAAAGUCAUAUACCUUGGUGGCAUCAACUGGAGGGUAAUCUGCUACUGAUUAUUAUCGUAGUGGCGGUGGUCAUGAUAUUGGUCCUAAUACUAAUCUGCGUGGCCAUUUACAUCGUGUGCCGACGAAAACGCAGCCAAAUGAAAUAUCCCAAUCAAGCCGCGAAUAACAAUCAUGUGAACAGCGUGUCGGAAGUUCUUCCCGACUCCGGGACAAAGACGUUCUACGAAAAUUUACCUUUCCACGGGAUCCAAGCGCCACCUAACAAGCCCUUCAAGCCGGAAUUCUCGGAUCUCGAUUAUGCGGACGUGGACUACAAGUCGUACGGGCCGAUUAACUAUAAAGCCGCCAGUAUCGCGCUUCUUCAAAAACAACAGCAGCAACAACAACAACAACAACGGCAGCAGCAGCAGCAGCAGCAGCGAGUUUUGGACAGGAGACCGCAGAUGUAUGGUACUUCGGACGAUAAUGAGGAACUGCUUUAACCCUUUCCCGUUUCACUUUUCAUUUCAUAGAGAUUCUACUUCAGCUUUCUCGGGGAGAUGCAAUGAUAAGAUACAUUUAACGAGCGAUGAUAUAUCUCGAUAGAUAUAGCUCGUUAAAACUCGUUAAAUUCGGUUUCAAUCGGAAACACACACGUUGCCAUAAUAAAUCUGUAGGAUUAUAAUUCCCGCGUGUGGAACGAAUUUAACGAGUUACGACUCUGCGCCGCGUAAUGCGUUUGUUCGUACAGGCGUAAUUGGCACACAUAUGAAAAAAAAAAACUUUUCUCGCUGAAAAUUAAUUAUCCGCUGAACGCUUCUACGAAAAAAAAUUCAAAGGUUUUAGAUAAAUCGCUUGAUGUCAUUCAAACACCAAGCUCGAAGAAUUUGUCGGAAAAAUUACGCGACGGAAAACUAGUGCUUAUAUUCUAAUUAUAUUUGCCGUAACUCAAAAUCCACUGUUUAUCAAUUUUGCUUGCGAAAAUACGCGGCUUCAUUACGAGUCCUUGCAUAAUUGAGAUGAGCGUGAUGGGAUUUGUCCGAUGUGUGCAAAAAGCUAAAAAUCCUUCGCAUUACAGUCGAGAUGCACAAUCGUAUAUCUUGCGAAUACGUUUAUGCAAUAUGUUCAGACGCGCUUCCAAGGAACGUCUGGAAUUGGGUAUACUUAAUAUAUUCUCUUUAUAUGUAAUGCGAUUAUUUAUGUUACUACGCUGCUUCCAAUAUUCCGUAUCAUUUCAUAUGCCAUAUACCAAUAUUACGAAUUAGACCUUCUCAGAUAGGAUUAGAACUUUGGUUAGAACAUCCGAACGUUUGAGGGAAAGGCCGGUAAAAUCACUCGUUCUCAUUCACUCGCGCCGGAUACGACGACGGCGUACGAACUUGGUAGGACAUGUGGCAAAAUUUUAAAGGAAAAUUUUUCGAUAUCUGUAAAUUUAUAAAUAUCUUUAUACACGAGAUUAUUGAUACGAUGUACAAUUAUACAAGCUAUCGGCAUGUGUUCUGGGAUCAAAUCACGGAAAUAACGCACGAACCGUGGCGAUAGAAAGAGGAAAUCUUGUUAAAUGUUAAAUUAAGAAGAAAAAAAAAGAGAAAAACAUAUCCAAACAUAAUUCCCGUCUGUUCCGUAUUAUUGUUACAUAAUUAUUAAUAAUUAAGCGGCGCUAGAGUAUGUAAUUCCGUUGACGCAUAUUACUCUCGGAUAUCUUCCUACAUGCGUUUGUAAAUUUGUAAGUUACAAGAAAUGACGAGUAGUUAUUUGUACAGAUCGACAGUAAACCAAAUGUCACACCCGCUUAGCCGCGGACACAGUCCAGUGAUUAUGUCGUCGAGGAGAUUGUCUUGUAAAUAAUGUACCUUUGUAUUCUUGUAUUAUUAAUUAAUAUUAUCGACUUUCGUCAGUCAUGAAUAA